AUGCGCCAGGCCCUUGACCCCAUGGGAAUCACCUCGCUAGGCGCGGACGGUGUACUCCGCUACCUAACUGCAGACCGAGACGUAAUCGAUGCCAUUGGUCUUCGUCCAGGCCUGAUCAAAGCCUUCCUUGAUCGUAUGCCGGUGCCGUUCAGCCAAGAGGCCGAGGACAUAUUUCGUGGUGUUGAUGGGACCCUUGUUCCACGGGAACAGUGGUUUAACCCCGACAAAAGUCUGUUGCCGCCUCCACUGCCGGAGGAGGAGAGAGAAAAAGUGAGGAAGAGAACGGCGGAGCGUGGGGAGGAUUAUCUAAGGAGAUGGAACGAUCCGAAUUGA